AUGAGAGAAGUCAUUAGUGUCAACAUCGGUCAAGCUGGGUGCCAAAUUGGUAAUCUGUGCUGGGAAUUGUAUUGUCUUGAGCAUGGAAUCAACCCAGACGGGUACCUUAGUAAUGGCAGUUCCACCCCAAGUGGUGAUGGGUUUCAAACCUUCUUCCAGGAAACUGGAUCAGGUAAAUUCGUCCCACGUACUGUCUACGUCGAUUUGGAGCCUAAUGUGAUUGACGAAAUUAAAACCGGGAAGUACCGUGACUUGUUCCAUCCUGAACAAUUGAUUGCCGGUAAAGAAGACGCUGCUAACAAUUUUGCCAGAGGUCACAAUACCGUUGGUAGAGAAAUGCUUGAACAAACUAUGGAAAGACUCCGUAAAGUUGCGGAUCAAUGUGAUGGUUUACAAGGUUUCUUGUUCUCCCAUUCUUUUGGUGGUGGUACCGGUUCAGGUUUUGGAUCUUUGUUACUCGAAGAAUUGUCGGCGGAAUUUGGUAAGAAGACUAAGUUGGAAUUCGGGGUUUAUCCAGCUCCUCAAGUGUCUACCUCUGUUGUUGAACCUUACAAUGCUGUUUUGACUACCCAUGCCACUUUAGAACACGCUGACUGUACUUUUAUGGUUGACAAUGAAGCCAUUUAUGACAUGUGCCGUCGUAACUUGGACAUUGCCAGACCAAGCCAUGAUAACUUGAACCGUUUGAUCGCCCAAGUUGUAUCAUCAGUCACUGCUUCCUUGCGUUUCGGUGGUUCUUUGAACGUUGAUUUGAACGAAUUCCAAACUAAUUUGGUUCCUUACCCAAGAAUCCAUUUCCCAUUGGUUUCUUAUGCCCCAAUCAACUCCAGCGCCAAGUCUCGUCAUGAAUCCAACACUGUCAUGGAAAUUACCAACGCUUGUUUCGAACCAUCCUACCAAAUGGUCAAAUGUAACCCUAAGAACGGGAAGUACAUGGCCAACUGUUUGUUGUACCGUGGUGAUGUUGUCACUAGAGAAGUUACCAACGCUGUUACCGCCAUCAAACAAAAGCGUGAUAUUCAAAUGGUUGACUGGUGUCCAACUGGUUUCAAGAUUGGUGUCUGUAGUCAACCACCACAAUUUGUUCCUGGUGGAGACUUGGCUCAAACUACUCGUGCCAUUAGUAUGUUGUCUAACACCACUUCUAUUGCCGAAGCCUGGUUGCGUUUGAGUAACAAGUUUGAAUUAAUGUUUGCUAAAAGAGCGUUUGUUCAUUGGUAUGUUGGUGAAGGUAUGGAAGAAGGUGAACUUAGUGAAAGUGCCGAAUCUGUUUCUUCCCUUGUUAAUGAAUAUAUUGAACUUGGUGCUGAUAGUGUUGACGAAGCCGAAGAAUAUUGA